UGUAUGCGUAUUUUAUAAAAAAAAACAAAUGGAAACGUCGAUUGGAUCGAAAAGUGCUGUCGGAUUUUCACCGGCGGUGUGUGAAACUAUCCUAGAAGUCCUGGAGGAAUGUGCGAACUCAUUGGCCGUUUAUCGAAACAUCUUACGACAACAAUCGACAAUAGAGAAUGAUGACGCCAUUAAUAUUUUCCCAAAUGUUAAUUUAUAUGUGUGCAGUAUAAUAGAAGAUUUGAAGCGGGAAAUUAGCGAACAUGGAACCAUCGAUGUAUUAAUCAAAGAAAUCGAGAGGAUUACGUCACAAAAAGAACAGGAGCAUCUUUUAAUAGAAGAGAAUGAAAACAUGCAAAUAAUCGUGGCAGAGUUACGAAAAACAAUUGCCGAUAAGAAAACAGCGAAUGAAAUGGAAGAAGAGCGUUUAACAAAGAAGCUCACUUUGACACGGGAUGAGAAGGAGAAGCUAAAACUAAUUAAGGAUGUGGAGAUAAAAUAUGUUCGAGUGUGGGAAGCGGCACGUCGGGAGCAGUACGUACUACAUUACGAAUUGAAAAUGGACGAAUUAAAAAAGACAUUGAAUAAUCAUUGCGUACGCGAGAGCAAUGAAAAUCACGUGAAUGAUGUAUUAACGCGUUAUCUGACGCAACGUAUAGCGCUCAUCGAGACUUGGAUCGAGCAAUGGCGACAGAGGUAUGAUCGAGAAAAGAAAAUGUAUGAGAAGGAGAUCCGUAAAGUACGCAAUGAGAUUGGAAAUGCUCAGAAAUACUUGGAGGAACUUACGACGGAGUAUUGCAGUAAUCAGGAAUUCAUCGAUACGUACCUCGCGGAGCAGGAGGCACUCCGAAGACAAAAGGAGCACGAGGAUCAUGUGCGCCACAGCAUAAUUAAGAUACAAGCCUGGUGGCGAGGUGUUAUGGUGCGUCGAAAACUGGGGCCGUAUCGAUCUGAAGAGAAAAAGAAGAAAAAGCCUGUUAAAACAAAAAAAUAA